CUACUUCAUGAUAUGCGAGGUAGGCAGCUUUGGUGAACUAGUGUUAGUUGAAUUUGUUGUCGUCUUUUUGUGCUUCUUUUUGGAAGCUAGGUUGUAUUUUCUGGAUCUUACCCAGAUCCCCACUACCACAUACAAACAUGAGACGGUGGAGCCAUGUACUGCUGUGUUUGCUCGUGACCAUCUUAGGGAUGGCGUCGUCUUGCCGGUCGCAACCUGCCCACCCCCACAUUGUGAUGAUAGUAGCAGACGAUCUAGGUUGGAACGACAUCGGCUUCAACAACCCAAACAUCAUCAGCCCAAAUUUGGAUGCUCUAGCAAGGGAGGGAAUAAUUUUAAACCAGAGUUAUGUACAGCCCCUUUGUUCGCCGUCUAGGGCUGCCCUCAUGACCGGAUAUUACCCUUUCCGUCUUGGGCUACAGCACCUCGUCAUCACACAAGAGCAGGCUGUCUGUGUCCCCGACAACAAAACUCUACUACCCCAGGUCCUCAAGAAACAAGGAUACGCCACACACAUCAUUGGCAAGUGGCACCUGGGCUUCUGCAAGUGGGAGUGUACGCCCACAUUUAGGGGCUUCGAUUCCUUUUUUGGCUACUACAACGCCAUGGAGGACCAUUACACCAAGAUGUACGGUCAGGGCUACGAUUUCCGUGACAACCAAGAGGUGUAUAAGGCAGCAAACGGCACCUAUUCCUCUUACCUGUACACAGAGAGGAUCAAGCAAGUCAUCAACAGCCACGACCCCCAGACGCCACUCUUCCUCUACCUGCCCUUCCAGAACGUUCAUGAACCUCUUGAGGUGCCUGAAAAUUUUUCCAACUUGUACCCCAACAUCAAGGACGUGAACAGACGAACAUUUUCAGGUAUGGUGACGGCGCUGGAUGCUGCUGUAGGUCAAGUGGUCAAGGCCCUAAAGGACAGAGGCCUCUAUGACGACACGCUCAUCGUCUUCACCGCUGAUAACGGCGGGUGGGUGCCGUACGGUGGCAACAACUUGCCCCUGAGGGGAGGGAAGUUCACGGUGUUUGAAGGCGGCACCAGGGCUGUGGCGUUUGUCCAUGGACCCAUGUUCUACAAGACUGGCAUACGAUACGACGGAAUGUUCCACAUGGUUGACUGGUUCCCUACCCUAGCAGAGGUGUCAGGCUCGACCUACACAGAUCCUGAUGCCGACGGUGUCAGCCAGUGGAAGUCCCUGCUGUCCCUCAGUCUACCUUCUGCUAGACAGGAAGUGGUCUACAACCUGGACUUCAGUAUCGACCCCUUCCAGGGCAGGGCGGCCAUCCGUGUCGGCGACUAUAAACUAGUGGCGGGUUUUCCCGGUCUAUUUCCGGACUGGUACCAGCCCGGGCAGGUGGCGAGGCCCAUCCUGGAGAGAUGGAAUGACGUAACAGCAGACGGCACCAUCAACUGGCACCUGGUCAACGAGACCUUGUUCAAGGUCGCACUCAAUGACCCGCCCAUCUACUACUACCUGUUUAAUUUGAAAGAUGACCCAGCCGAGCGCACCAAUAUUUACGAUGACCACCCAGACAUUGUCCAGCAACUAGAGGACAGACUCAACUACCACAAACAACAUUACAUCCCACCCAACUUCCCCCCUGGUUCACCUGCAGCUAAUCCAGCUCAUUAUGGAGGGGCCUGGACACCUGGAUGGUGUUAGGACACCUGGAUGGUGUUAGGGGACUUGAUGGUGUUAGG